AUGUCUUCCACAGUAAUCGAUCUCACAGAAGACAGUCCCAGCGGCGAGAACCUGCCAUUUCCUCUCAACGCUAAAUCUCGAAAUGCAACAACUCCUUACACUUCCACCCGCCUGCCACCACUCCGCGAGGUCCUCAAUUAUGCACAACCCCAAGCUCGAGCUCAGCCCGCGGUCUCGCAAGUACUUGCAGACACGAUCAAGUCCAUGGAUGCAAGCUUGCUUCGGUCGUUGGUCAUAAAACAUUGUCAUUCGAACGCGCCUCUGAAAAAUGCUCUGGAGGAGGAGUUGUUGGUGACGGGCAAAGAUGUCAUCCGAUACCACGACGGAUCAGAAUCUGAGGAUGACGCAGAGAGUGAGAUCAAGAGUGAUGAGGAGGGAAGUGGCGACGAAGAGGAAGGUAGCACCACGAAGCCAAUUGCUAUCGCGGAUCAUGAGUACACAUCGCGUUACACAGAAUGCAUCAAUUGCAAAGAGACCUUCGAUGUCACUGAGAACCUCGUCCGAGCAUGUUAUUGGCACCCUGGUGAGAAAGAACUUUAUGAUGACGACGACUUCUGGGCAGAUCACGACGAGGAUUGCCAUGGAAGGAUGGAGGACCUUGAUGACGAUAGCACAUAUGCGGGCGGGUUUAAGUGGACAUGCUGUGAGAAACUUGGAGACUCUGAGGGAUGCAAAUUCACAAAGCACCAAGCCCCGAUCAACACGAUCAAGAGAGUAGCGGCUUCAACGGGACAGAAGAGAAAAGCGGAGGAAGAACUUCCUCGACUUGAAAGGUCGAAGUGGUAA